AUGGUUGGUACCGGGAAGACGGUGGAGGAAUCAAGAGAUUCAAUCCAGAGACUCUGCCCGACUGCGACUAAGUCAACACAUUCUCCAGGAACGGUCUUCCCAGGAAUAUACAAAAGACGAUAUCUUUUGAAAGCUAUUUAUUUAUGUUUUUUUUCCGUUUCCGGAUUUGAAGAACAAUCACUUUCUAUCUAUCUAUCUAUCUAUCUAUCUAUCUAUCUAUCUAUCUAUCUAUCUAUCUAUUUAAUUCUCCUCUCUCUCUAUAUAUCAUUCUUUUCUGUAUGUCCGUCUAUCUAUCUAUUCUUUUUAUUAAAUGGAGGUCUUCUCAGCGUUACUUCGCCUGAAGUACCAUUAAACAAUCACUUUCUCACUUUUUGUAAAAAAACGAAAUUGUUGUAUCUAUCUAUCUAUCUAUCUAUCUAUCUAUCUAUCUACUUUCAUUCUCUUCUAUCUAUCUAUCUAUCUAUCUAUCUAUCUAUCUAUCUAUCUAUCUAUCUAUUUUAUUCCCUUUUGUCUAUAUUAUUCUAUUCCAUUUCAUUCUUUACUAUCUAUCUAUCUAUCUAUCUAUCUAUCUAUCUAUCUAUCUAUCUAUCUAUCUAUCUAAUUCUCCUCUAUCUAUCUAUAUCAUCCUCAUUUUCUACCUACCUAUCUUUCAUAUUGUAA